AUGUCGCCGUCCCCCGAGUCUCUAUCCCGGCGGAAGUCCAGCGCCGGCCUCGGCGACAGCAAGCUGGCGGAAGAAGACGACGUCGUCGUGGCCGACACGGAGGACAUGGCCGAGAAGUCGUCGAGCGACGCGGGCUCCGAGCCCAAGGCGGUGUCGCCACCCAAGCAUCUGACGCUGGCACAAGGUCGUGAGCGUGCCCAAGCGUCGAAGGCGGCUGCCGCUGCGAAGACCGAAGAGGCCAGGGCGAAGAAGCGUCCCGUUUCCAGGUCGCCUCGCGGUUCCAGCUCCAAGCUGUUCAGCGACUCGGAGUCUGAGGACGAGGAGGGUGCCGUCCAUGAACCCAAGGAGCUCUCCAACGACCUGACGAGCAGCGGUAGUGCCACGUAUCCGCAGGGCUACUUCCCGCCCGAGCCUGGCACUGGUGCGCCGCACCCGGCUCCUCGUGGCCUUAACUGCGGGUACACCUCGAAGGGUUCCUAUGAGCGUGCUCUCGUUGAGAAGGAGCCACUCUUUCUUGGCGACAUAGAAGCCGCCCGGUGUGUGCUACUAGCACCACACAAGCUCACACUGAAGGAGUUCACCACGCUUCGCAAGAAGCCGGAGGACAAGGGUGGACUCCAUCCUGUGUGGGGUUACCACUGGGUCAAGCCGAAUGAGAACAUGACCUGGAACGAGGUGGAAGACCGCUUCAGGUGCUACGUCCAGCGCAAAGGGUAUUCCGACCAAGAGUUCAAAGAACUCCGUGAGGAUCGCACUCUGUCCGCUAUCGUGGACUUGCACGAGCUCCGCAUCGAGUUCGCUCAACUCGUGAGCAAGCGCAAGCUCCACUCGAAGAUGGACGAGCUGAAGCAAGAGGCGAGAGCCAAAGCUCGUGAAGAGCGUGGGCAUGUCUGCCUGGAGCUGCUCAACGGGCUCCCACGAGUUAUCCAACUCAGGGUGACCCCUCCACUUCACGAGCAGCUGGCGCAUGCCAUGGAGCCGCCGCUCCUGGACGACUCGUUCCACGUGGUAGUGGCUGCCCAUUACGAUCAAGGAGGGCCGGCGGUGGCCUCGCACGGCCAUGGCUACGAGGCUGAGGCGACGCAGCCGUAUGCUGGGGCCCCGAGUCAGGUGGUGGCCCUGCAGCAAGAGGAGAUUCGUCUUCUCCGGGACCGUGUGUACGUCCUCGAGAUCGCGCUUGGCGUCGGCCUUGGUGGCGAGGCUGCCGCUCGUGCUGGUCAGCCUGGUGCCGUGGAGCGGCUCCGUGAGGAUGUUGCCUCGCUCUAUCAAGAAACUCGCAGUCUCCAUGGCCGUGUGGAUCGUCGAGCCGACCUGUCGUCUUACGACUCGCUGCAAAACCAGCUCGCUGGCCUUCGGGCCGAGCUUCAUGGCCACGCGCCGUAUCUGGAGCAGCAGCAGCCCCACUCGUAUCAGGCCCAGUUUGGCCAGGGCUCGUACGGGCCCCCUGCGUAUGCUGCUCCGAUGUACGCCGCGCCGUCUUACGACCAGCGCGCGUAUCAGGCGCCUUACCGCGACCCGACGCCGCGCUUCGAGGAGCUGCGCUCUUCUCCACCGGGCCACCCACCGCUUCCUGCGUGCAGGCAGAGCCAGAGGGUCAUGGUACCUCUUAAGACGACCCACGUAAAACGUCGGGUGAGUCGUCAUCGACUUGGGCAAGUCUAUGGUGUACGCCGCGCCAUGCCGGCUGAGGACCGUGAAGGGUCCAAUGAAGCGGUGCUUCAGCUUGUUGCUCUCGACCAAGCUAACAGUGUUUAG